CACUCCCCGUCCCCAAGCGCAAAAUGCUUACGUACUCAUAUGCGUCCGUCCGUCCGUCCAUCCGUCCGUGAUUUCCAAGCCAUAACAGCUUGGAAAUUUUAAUGUAAUUAAUAUUGGGCAAAGGUAGAAAUCUAAUUUAUACAUGCGGUCAAACGAGUGGUUGACCAUUGGGGGUUAUGCUGGCAGGUGGGGUCAAGUUUCGAAAUGUCGUAGAUGGCUGAAAUUUAGCUCAUACCCUGUUUGUACUCUGGGUUAAAUGAAAUUACGAUAUUUUGCAUCAUACAAUAAAGGGUGUCUAUAUCUAUGCAUAUUUUUCAAUUAACUAAAACAGACUAAAAGGGGCCCUCCAAAAAUUAAGUAACGCGAAAAUCGCGAUUUUCUAGACCCCAACUUUAACAUGGACACGAUCAUUGGGCCUUAGACCCCCACCCCCUCUCACGUUACGUAAUUUAUGGACAGCCCCUAAGUUGGUAAAGGUAUGUAACUAAUAUUACUUACUGAUAAAGGAAUAUGAGGAUUUUUUACAUCUGACAUAACCCUGACAAGUUUACGGACUUGUCAAGAUCCAUUACCCAAUAACAAUACAACCUGGCUCGGGCUAUGUGAAGUCACCCUUGCCCUUGUUGUUCCACUCCAAACUCCGUCCGCUUGCACUUGUCAUCAUAUGAGUUCAAAACUUACUCUUUUAAAACGUAAAUAAACGUCCGAGUCAAUUGUUUUAAUUAUUUAUACAAGUUUAAAACCCAACAUACUCCUUGUCAUUCUUCUCUACUACAAAAUUCCCGGAAAUUUUGUAGUCCACUUUCUCGCCUCCAUUCCAAACACAAAUAUUACCCUGACCAGACUUAAAUAAAAAUAAUUAUAAAAUGGCGACAGUUAACGAUUCUGCAAACAGUCCGGAAACAACACCCCCAAUCAGCCUGACACACCCACCAUCUCGUACAAUUACCAUCCCACAUUCCAAAUUGCGGUAUCAAAACCAAUUAUUGCAAUCUUCCAACCACCACCACGAACAACAAAUCACAUCAAGAAAGACAAAAACAGUUUCCUUGCCAAAACUCAUCACCUCUACGGACAACAUCAUCUCGAAAUUAAACAACGACAUGAAAACUUUACUCAAUCACGUUUCCGGCUCCAGUGCCGAGUCUGACAAACGUUUAUUUCUUGACUUUUCGACCCGUCAUUGUCAAAUGGUGAACGAGAUUCGCAACUUGGCGUUGGAUCUGGCGGAUUUAGAAAACCAAAUGAAAACCCAAAGCUCUUCGAAAUCACCAUGGAAACAAGUCAGAUGUCAAUGCAAGGAGGAGAUUGAUAAGGAAGUCGUCUCUCUGAUGGAGGCUGAAUGUAGCUGUAUGAUUUGCGAGGAGAUUUUUGUGGACGCCACCGUGACCACCUGCGGUCACACGUUUUGCAACCUCUGCAUUAAGAAAUGGUACUCAUCCUCACCCAAGCAGGACUGCCCCUUGUGUCGCCAACCCCUCGCGGUCAACACGGUCAAACGGAACGUGGCAGUGGACAGUUUCGUUACCCGGCUGCAUUUACGCCUCUCCGACAAAAUCAAAAAAGCUCGCAACCGUCUUCUAAAUACCAGAAGAUGUAACGUCCUCAAAUUCGACGCGAAGCUACUCAGCUUCGAAUCCAUUCUCAACCCGCCAAUUUCAAAAAUCAUCCCGCCCCAUGAUGACGAAGACUUUCGUCGAAUCCGGACUCAAAUCCGGCAAGAGUUAAGUUCUUCCUCCUCCUCCCACCCCCCCGUGACGUUGGACCUGGACAAAGUUGACGCUUCCGUUCAAACCGACUGUCCCUCUUCUCCAUUCGAUUCCUUUGAUUCCAACCCAGUCUCCACUCUGGAAGAACUUUACCAACUUCUACAAACUGACCGUUCGCCAAGCUUUGAUCCGAAGCCGUCUCACGACAAAGGUCCAAAGCCAGACGACAACGACGACGAUGUACUGAUCCUUCCCACACCUCGAAAAAGUGCGAAAAUUCUGGAUUUUAUCGACAUUAGUGACGAUAAAGAGAACAACAGUGUAGGCGAGGCAUCAGCCUCGUCCUCGUUGUCCUCGUCGCCCUCGUCAUCGUCAGCAGCCUCGUCCGUACAAAACCUGCCUGGCGAUGAGGAACCCAUUCUCCUGCCCCAAGUUCCAAGCACAUCUUCCAGUACUUCCGCUGCUACCGUGGAUUUGCAAACCAUGUUGGAACCUUCGUUGAAUUUUAUUACAACUCCGACUACAAUUACUGCCGUACCCGGACCUCCCCCAUUUGAGAGUCUUGUUUCCUCCACGACUAUCCCAUCCACUACUUUGACCUCAGCUCUGGAACCUCCAUCCGUGAAUUUGUCAAGCGUUUUGGAAAGUUCUUCUGAUUCUAUUAUUACUCCUGAAAUUGCCUCAGCAGCACUUUCUGCUCUACGUGAAACUCCAGUAGUAGAUGAAACACCCCCAGUAGUUUCCCCCACAACGAUCCCCUCAAAUUUUAAUUCAGCUCUAGAACGUUUAACGAGCAGCACAUCGACCCAGCACCUCGUUCCGAUCCGUCUUGGUAUUAAAAGAGAUUCGAAUGGAAAACUUCUGGUGUUUCGAAGCGAGCCUAGGGUGCGAGAACAGUAGCCAAAUGAUCAGGCCAGUUCGCUGCUAUAUUCACCCGUUGCUGGAAAAGUCACGUGGCAGCGAACCGGAGCGAGCCGUGACUUUGGGUCCGUUCUGGACCCAAAAAUUAAAAAAAUGAAAUUUAUUGAUUUUUGUUGCAUAAUGUGUGUCCAGGUAUGUACUGUCGCGUUUGUUGGGAGUCUUCUAAAGUCCCCGAGGUUACAUUAGGCGAAUAAGCUGAACUGCAUAAUUUGUAACUAAUUAUUUUGUAUCGCUUUAUUUUCAUUUCGACGUCAAAGUUAUUAAUUUUCCUAAAUUCAAAAAACGCAAAUGCAUAACGUUGUCGUCGAAAUGAAAAUAAAGCGAUACAAAAUAAUUGGUUACAAAUUAUGCAGUUUUGCAUAUUCGGCUAGUGUAACCUUGGGGACUUUAGAAGACUCCCAACAAACGCGACAGUAUGUAACAACAAAUUUUAAUUGGUUACCCUCCCAAUCGCUAUCAAUUUUGACGGGAAGAAUAAAAAAUCCAAAUUACUAAGUAUUUCAAAAUUCGUCAAAAUUUGUAACUAUUGGAACGGUAACCUAUUAUAAUUUAUUAUUGCAUAACUAGACACACAUUAGGCAUAAAAACAUCUAAAUUUCGUUUUUUUUAAUUUUUGGGCCCGAAAAGCACCCAAGUCACGGCUCGCUCCGGUUUGCGCCACGUGACUCUUCAAGCAACGGGUGAGUUGACAUGUGUACAUAGUAGGGAACAGGCUACUAAGGCAAAUAAUUAAUUCCUGUUUAAACAUACGGUGUCAAAAAUCCUUUCGGAUUUGACUGAUAAUAAUAUAUUAAUAAUUAUUAUGACUGACUGAUAAUUUAUGUAAAAAAAGAGUUUAAUUAUCAAACAUUACACUUGUCGCAAUGCGUAAAUACCUGAAUCACAAUGUAUACAAAUAAAUAUGUAAAUUAUGUAUGUAAUAUAAAUAUUUCUCAUUUGAAAAUAACUCAUACGUGAAAAACUUACAGAUAUUUGCAUUACUUUAUUCAAUACAUACUAUUUUUGUAUUAUGAAAUGAUACAAAAAAAUAUGUCAAAUUUAGAGUAAUGGUUAGAAUUUGUAUACGUUGAUAAAUAAAUAAUGCCCAUGGCUAUAAUGCGUGCCAAUAUUAUGACACGUUUUAUGAGUAA